AUGGAGAAUCAUAGGCAUAUUCUGUCUCCAAUGCCAGAUAUCGGCAGGGCUCCGUCAGCGCCACCGCAUUCGCAUCUCACCCGUCAACCUUCACCGCCUACAACAGCUGCCGAUUUCCUCAUCGUCGGCCUCUUUGCACUACGCCUAGCACGCCGUCUCAUCGAGAGCCUUGAUUAUUAUGCAGAGCGCAAUGCUGACGUUAUCUGGGUUACCAAUUUCCUUGCGCCUUUUGAUCAAGCGUAUGCGCUGGCAAAGAUCUCAGGUCCCCGGAAAGAAGACUAUGUUGCGACCUACCAGAACAUCAUCAAGCGAAUGAAGAGACAGUCAAAGUACCCUGUACGCUUCAUGCAGAUGAACCCAGAUCCUUCAAUGCGGCAAGGGCAGCGCAGCAACGACGCAGAAGGAGUGAGAGCACUAAAUGAUGUGUGCAGGCGCGAUCUGGGAACCUGCAAGAUCCACGAACUGAGAGACACUCGCGCAAUCAACGGUCACCUCUGCAGCAAGAAAUGA